AUGGAUAUUAGAAAAUAUUUCCAUUCAGCAGGAUCCAGAGCUGCCAAAACUACAUCUGUUAGUGUUAACAAAACAGAGUCACUAAAUAAUUCAAAAGGGAGAAAUAAUAUCCUACAAUCUCAACUGAUUACUGAAAAGAAUGAUGAUAACAAUAAUAAUAAAGAGCAGCUUGAAAAGAAGGAACCAAAACUUAACAAAAGUAUUCCAAAAUUAAACGAUACCAGGCAUGAGGAACCUUCCUCCGAGUUCAUACACAAAAAAUACAAUGGCGUAUCUGAAGAAAAAAGUGACAGGAAAGAGUUGGGUAAAAAGAAGGAAGUUGUGAAAGAAAAAGAAAGCCCAAAAGAGAGAGAGAUCAAGAAAAAACCUGAUGAACAUAAACAGCGAGACAAAACUCAGAAGAAAUUGUCUGGUAAAAGUGGUGCUCACAAGGAGGAUAAAGGGAAAGAAAAACUGAAUGCAAGUCCUGAGAAAAAAUAUGAAGAGGAGCACAAUAAAAAGAUUGAACAAAAGAAGGUAGUUGUUGACUUUGACACAUCUUCAAAAAGCAAGAAGAUUAAAAAACAAAAUCCAAGUGAUGAAGAUUAUUCUUCUGAUGAUAUGCCACAAAAAAUUAAAAAGAAAAGCAAACGUUUAAAAAAACUUCAACUUUCAGACUCGGAUUCUGAAGAGGUUGAAUUCAAACCCAAAUUGCAGAAACGUCGUUCCAAGUUUUAUGAAUCUGAUGAAGAAAACAGAGCCAACAAAUCUCCAAUAAAGAAUUUCUUGAAGCCCAAGAUGACAAAUGAAAAUAUGAGUGCAUCUAAAGUAAAAAAAUCUCCAGUGAAAGCCAAAGUUAUUAGUGUGGCUGACUUCUUUGGUUCAUCUUCUGUGCAACGAACAGAAAGGAAGGCAGUAUCAGCUAGCAAAAGAAAAGUAUCUGGAAGCUGUGAGGAUGAAUUUCAUGAUGAUGAUGAUUUUGCUGCUACACUUGAAUUACUUGAUAUGCAAGAAGCCCAAGUAAAAAAGAUGAAAGUAGAAACUCCUGAAAAUCACAAAACACCAACAAAAAAAGAAGCAAAUCUCCAAAAGUCAGAAGACAUAUUAGAAAGUAGAAUUGCUGGAAAAUUAGCCAUAAAAAUGGAGAAACGGGAAACGUUGAAAAUAUCUCCAAAGAAGGCAGAGGAAGCACUUUCACCUUCAAAAAAUACAGGUGGUUUAAACAAGAAAAAUGUACCAGUGCCAAUUAUAAGUCCUAAAAAAAAAAUAGACAUUCCAGAAACACCUGUACAAAAAAUGCAGUCUCCUUCAGAAAACAGAAGUGCAUAUAAAGCUUAUCUCAACAGGGAUGGACCAAGAGCUUUAGGUUCAAAGGAAAUUCCACAAGGAGCUGACAACUGCCUUGAAGGACUAACAUUUGUGAUAACAGGUGUUCUAGAGUCCAUUGAAAGAGAUGAGGCCAAAUCACUUAUUGAACGAUAUGGUGGUAAGGUAACAGGAUCACUGAGUGGCAGGACAAGUUACAUUGUGAUUGGCAGAGAUGCAGGAGAAGCAAAACUAAAGAGAGCAAUGAGCUUAAAAACUAAACAAAUUGAUGAAGAUGGCCUUUUUGAUUUGAUCCGAAUAAAGCCUGCAAAGAAGUCCAAAUACUUGAUUAAUGCUGAAAAAGCUGAGAAGGAAACACGCACUAAGAAGGAAGAAAUUAAACUGAGCAAAUCUAAGAUGGAAUCACCAUCAAAAACUAGCAAAAAAUCUCCCCAAAAAGGCCGUUCCCCACGAAAAAGCUCUCCUCAAAAGCCAGUUCCUUCAAUGUCCAGUGACACUGUAAGUAGUAGAUCCUGUCCAUCCACAACCAAAGGACCUGAUGAUGAUAAUAAUGAAUCUCUUUUGUGGGUCGACAAAUACAAACCAAAAUCCUUGAAGCAGAUCAUUGGUCAAAAUGGAGAAAAGAGUAUUGCCAAAAAAUUGCUUAAUUGGCUCAAAAAUUGGCAAUCAAAUAGGGCAGCUAAUGUGAAACCACCAUCAAAUCGAUUUUUAGGUGCCAAUGACACAGGUGCUGGGAUGAAAGCUGCUCUUCUGUCUGGUCCUCCUGGUGUUGGGAAAACUACCACAGCUCAUCUUGUUUGUCAGGAGAUUGGCUUUUCAGUUGUUGAAAUGAAUGCUUCUGAUACCAGGAGUAAAUCUUGUCUUCAAUCAGAAGUGAUGACUUUACUGCAGAAUUCAUCUCUAGUCGAUUUUUGUGGAAAUGGCAAAUCCAUUACAAGUAGAAUAAAGCAUUGUUUAAUAAUGGAUGAAGUGGAUGGUAUGGCAGGCAAUGAGGACAGAGGUGGUGUGGCAGAGCUAAUUCAUUUGAUCAAAACUUCCAAGAUACCCAUCAUUUGCCUUUGCAAUGAUCGUCAACACCCCAAAAUUAGAUCAUUAGUCAAUUACUGUUUUGAUCUGCGUUUUCAGCGACCUCGAGUGGAGCAGAUAAAGGCUGCAAUGAUGACUUUGGCUUUCAGAGAAGGUUUGAAGAUUUCUCCUCCAGCAUUAAAUGAAAUAAUUGUGGCAGCAAAUCAAGAUAUUCGACAAAUCAUCUAUAACUUGUCAAUGUUGACUUCUACAGCAAAGAAUUUAUCAUAUGAUGAAGCUAAAAGUAAUUCUCAGAAAGCAAAAAAAGAUAUAAAAUUGAGUCCAUUUGAUGUUUGUCGACAAGUUUUUGUUGGUAAUGAAGAAACUAAAAAAAUGACCCUUGAUGACAAAACAGAUUUGUUUUUCCAUGAUUACCAGUUGAAUCCUUUAUUUGUUCAAGAAAACUAUCCUUAUGUUCAUCCUUAUGCUGGCAGGGCAAGCAUGAGUCAUCAUCUUUCACUCCUGGCUUAUACAGCAGAAAGCAUUUGUGAUGGAGAUUUGGUUGAUAGACUCAUUCGCCAACAGCAGAACUGGGGACUUCUUCCACUAGAAGCCAUGUAUGCCAGUGUUUUGCCUGGAGAGUAUAUGAGGGGUAAUGUCAGUCACAUGGUUUCCUUCCCAAGGUGGCUAGGAAAAUUCUCUACAAGGAAUAAAAAUGAACACAUCUUACAGGAACUUUGCUCACACAUGAGACUAUGCAUUUCUAGCGAUAAACGUGGUUUCAAUCUGGAUUACCUCCCUUGUCUCCGUCAACAUUUGACCAAACCUCUUCAGGAACAUGACAAAGAUGGUGUUCCUGAAGUCAUUAAGCUGAUGGAUGACUAUGACAUCAUCAAGGAAGAUUAUGACAAUAUGAUGGAAUUCACCAAAUGGCCUAACACAGUUGAUUACUCAAAGACACUUAGUUCUUCAACUAAGGCUGCAUUUACUCGUGCAUAUAACAAAGAAUCUCACAUGACCCCUUAUUCUACUGGAAUACUCAGUAAAAAGCACAAUAGGUCAGCACAAGUUUCGGCCAAUUUCUUUAAGGAAGAAGAUGCUGCUGAUAACCAGGAAGAGGAUGACAACACUGAUGAUAUAGAAAUUGAUACCAUGAUUAAGAAAAAAAAGACGGGAAAGGAUAAAAAGAUAAAAAGCAGCAGCAAAGGGAAAUCCUAA